AUGGCCAUCACCGAGCUGGUCUUCCCAAAAUUCAAGACCGACGAAGAGUCAGUCGAAACACUCAAACGAGACGGUCCCAAGAUCAGAAAGAGCGUCUUCAAACAUACCCCGGGUUUCGUCAAUGCAUAUAGCGGCCGCAUAGUUCACGAAGACGAAACUGACGUGCGAACGGACAGCAAGCCAAUUGAAAUCCUCGAAUGGGUUGAUGAGGCCUCCUUUCAUACCUUUGUGAACUCCGAGCGACUCGCUGCCUUUCAAGCCUCUAUGAAGUCUCUGGCAGUAGGUCCUCCAACGCUUCAGCUAUUUGAAACGACUCACAGCCCAGAUGAGGUGGCUACCAUGUCUGUCGUUGAAAUUAUCCGAGUGAGCGUUGUGGAUACCGAUGAUGCCUCGACUGUGCAGAAGACCUGGAAAGACAUUGCCCAUAUCCUCGCUGAUAGAUAUGAGGGGAAAGGCUUUGUUUCAUAUGGAAAGAGCUUGAAUCUUGCCAACGAAGCGACUGUGGGAAUUAUAGGAUGGGCGAGCCUUGAUGAUCGUGCCGCCAUAUCACAAGACAUAGAGCUCGCCCAGGAGCUCAAAUCUCUCCGGCUCUUUGGAAAAUUGUCGCAAAUCAUCGUCGAAGUCUCUCCAGUGGAGUUGUAG